GGACCUGGACGGGAGCCUGGCGGGGUCAGUCCCCGAACUGAGGCCUGGCUCAUGGCUGUGUGGGGCCCGGGAGGUCGCUUUGGCUUCCGCGGGUGCCUCGGCGCCCGCAAGCUAUUCUGUCCCCGUUUCCAGAGCCGCGGCCCGCAGGGCGUGGAAGAUGGGGACAGGCCACAGCCUUCCUCGAAGACAUCCAAGGUCCCCAAGAUCUACACCAAAACAGGAGACAAAGGGUUUUCCAGCACCUUCACCGGAGAAAGGAGACCCAAAGACGACCAGGUGUUUGAAGCGGUGGGAACCACAGAUGAAUUAAGUUCAGCCAUCGGGUUUGCUAUGGAAUUAAUUGCGGAAAAGGGCCACCCGUUUGCGGAAGAGCUUCAGAAAAUCCAGUGCUGCCUGCAGGACGUCGGCUCUGCCCUGGCGACACCGCGCUCCUCAGCCAGGGAGGCUCACUUAAAACAUGCCACGUUCGAGGCGGGGCCUACCCUGGAGCUGGAGCAGUGGAUCGACAGAUACUCCAGCCAGCUGCCCCCGCUCACGGCUUUCAUCCUGCCGUCAGGAGGCAAGAGCAGCUCCGCACUGCAUUUCUGUCGGGCUGUGUGCCGCCGAGCUGAGAGACGCGUGGUGCCUCUUGUCCAGUCGGGUGAAACGGAUGCAAAUGUGGCCAGGUUCUUAAACAGACUCAGCGACUAUCUCUUCACGUUAGCCAGAUACACAGCCAUGAAGGAGGGGAAUCCAGAGAAAAUAUACAAGAAAAAUGACCCGUCGGACUGCGCCUGAGGUGCUUGGAAAUAAUGGGAAAAGAGUUUUGCAGACCCCUCCACAGUGACAACAGUGGGGGAGGACUUUACCCUCAUGUCCUGAUUCCUGAAGAUCUCACCCAGAGGGGCUGGCAGCUGGUCUCCUGUCCAGACUCAGCUUCCUUGCAGAGCCAAAGCUGGUGGAGAAUCCUGCCUCCCUCCCCUAGGCUCUCCUCAGCCUUCCAGGAAGUGGGAGUGAACUCAGUGUUGCAGGAAGGAAAGAUAAAGUGAUCGCUUCAUUGAGGAGCCAUGCAGAAAAAAUAAAAGUGGGAAAGGCU